AUGACAGAUGCCACCGUUCAAUGUCUACGGGAGAGCCUAUGCUCCGAAGCCACCCCAUUACCAAUCCGGUUUCGAGCCCUCUUCUCGCUGAAGCACGUCGCACGAACCGGAGAGCCCUCUGUUGCCGUGGCUGCCAUCGAGGCCAUCGCCGCUGCGUUUGCGUCACCUUCGGCCCUGCUGAAGCAUGAGUUGGCUUAUUGCCUCGGACAGACUGCCAACGACGCGGCUGUCAAGCCGUUGCGAGAUGUUCUUUCGGACCUGAAAGAGGACCCUAUGUGCAGGCACGAAGCCGCCGAGGCGCUGGGCGCGCUUGGCAGCACGGAAAAUUUGGAGCUGUUAAGACAUUUCCGCGAUCGCGAGGGGGAAGACGUUGUCAUCACCGAGACUUGCGAGAUCGCCAUCGAUCGCAUAGAAUGGGAGAACUCGGAGACGCGCAAGCUAGAGAAAUUACGUCAGAGCGAUUUUGCCUCGAUUGAUCCCGCGCCCCCUCUGCCAGAAUCGGAAAAGAGCGUCGAACAGCUGGGCAAGCAGCUCAUGGAUACUGCACAGCCUCUCUUUAUGCGAUACCGCGCCAUGUUCGCCCUGCGUGACCUCGCCUCCCCACCCGACUGCACAACUGCUGUUCCUGCUGUGCUCGCCCUGGCAAACGGAUUUGACGACUCUUCUGCCUUGUUCCGUCACGAAAUCGCUUUCGUUUUUGGUCAGCUCUCGCACCCCGCCUCUAUUCCUGCCCUCACAGCUGCGUUGAGCAACCUCGAAGAGGCUAGUAUGGUUCGUCACGAGGCUGCUGAGGCGCUUGGGAGCCUUGGGGAGGAAGAGGGCGUAGAGGAGACAUUGAAGCGAUUUCUUCACGAUAAAGAAAAAGUCGUCCGAGACAGCGUCAUCGUCGCAUUGGACAUGGCAGACUACGAGCAAAGUGGCAACGCUGAAUAUGCCUUGAUACCGGAAACGGCCAGUGUAUCUGCAUAA